AGGUCAAAUGGAAAUUUCCAAAGUCCACAACUUUUGUUCUUGUUAGGUUUUCCUUGUUCUAGGGUUUUUCUCCAUUCCAUUCCACCCUUCACUUUUCUCCUUAAUUGUUGAUUUCCUUCUCUUUAAGACGGAUGUGAGAUCAAUAUCACUCAUCAUUCUCCCAGCUUCCAGGACGGUUUUUGAAAAACAGCAAAUGAAUAUGGAAGCUCGAGUUGGUGUGGUGGUCGAAGGAGGACAGCAGGCUCUUAAUUCUGCUCACGACGGCGGGGCCAGGAAAUAUUUACACCAACAAGGCCAGAACAAACCCUCGUUGAACCAGCAACCGCAGAUUGGCACGGUGCAGCAGCUUCUAGCCGGUGGUAUCGCGGGUGCCUUUAGCAAGACAUGUACGGCGCCUCUUGCUCGCCUUACUAUCCUCUUUCAGGUGCAAGGUAUGCACUCUGAUAUUGCUGCAAUGAAGAAAGCCAGCAUUUGGCAUGAAGCUUCACGUAUCAUCAAUGAGGAGGGAUUCCGGGCAUUUUGGAAAGGCAAUCUGGUCACAAUAGCUCACCGCCUACCUUAUUCUUCUGUCAAUUUCUAUGCUUAUGAACAAUACAAGAAGUUUCUGCACUCAUUGAUUAGGGAAAGAUACCCGGGCAAUGCCAGCGCAGAUCUUCUUGUGCAUUUUUCUGGUGGUGGUUUGGCUGGAAUAACUGCUGCCUCUGUUACGUACCCACUGGACCUUGUUAGGACCAGACUUGCAGCACAGAGAAAUACCAUUUAUUACAGAGGCAUUUGGCACGCAUUCCAUACCAUUUUCCGGGAAGAAGGUUUCUUAGGCAUGUAUAAAGGGCUCGGAGCAACCUUGUUGGGUGUUGGACCAAGUAUAGCUAUAAGCUUUUCAGUGUAUGAAAGCUUGAGAUCAUUUUGGCAAUCUCGAAGGCCGAACGACUCCACUGUAAUGGUCAGUCUUGCAUGCGGUAGUCUUUCAGGCAUAGCAUCAUCAACAGCUACGUUUCCUUUGGAUCUUGUAAGACGAAGGAAACAAUUGGAAGGUGCUGGUGGUCGAGCCCGUGUUUAUAACACUGGGUUGUAUGGAAUAUUUAAACACAUUGUGCAGACAGAAGGUCUAAAAGGUUUGUACCGAGGGAUUCUUCCAGAGUACUAUAAGGUUGUGCCAAGUGUAGGCAUCGUCUUCAUGACGUACGAGACUCUGAAAACAGUUCUGUCACAAAUUUCCUCCCGUUCAUAGCUGCUCUCGGAUGUGUGAUUCUUCCAUUCGAGUGCUUAUUUUGAGUCACUGUAUUAUUUCCAGCCAGUAGUAUUCAAUGGUGAACAAAAUGAGAUACGUAGAAAUAGGUUACUGGUCAAUAGGAUAUUUUAGAGCGACCAUUCUUUUUUCCUUGAUAGAUUUUGUGGCAGUAAAUUUUUGCUCGUUACUGCCAGGAUACUACUAGUAUUUUAAUUCUUGUACAGGAAGAGUUUAACCCAAAGGAGUUGCCAAUUUCGAUACCAUUCAAGAUACCAUUCAAAAGCUUGAAGAGCUACGUAGUCUUUAUUGUAUUUUUAGGUUUACAAUUGUGUGUUUAAUAAUGUGUUCUAUUUUGCCCAUGGAA